AUGGAGGCAGUCGGCCUGUUACUGAUUGUCCUCUUUGUUUCAGGUGCUUUGGCUGAUUGUCCUGGUCAAGUAGACCUCUUCAUAACUGCACCAAAGAAGAUGGAAGCACUGAGUGGAUCUUGUCUCCAAAUCCCAUGUAGCUUCAGAUUCAGAGAAGAACAGAAAUUUACCAACACAAGAAAAAUCUUUGGAGUGUGGAUUAAAAAUGAUCCUAGAUUUAAAAAUAAUCCAAACAAUGUGAUCUUCAACUGUAGUGGAGCAGUUAGCAUCUAUUCAAUGAGUAUUACUGGGAACCUGAGUGAGAGAAACUGCACCACUCUGUUUACUAAUUUAACCUCCACACACACAGACACAUACUUCUUCAGAGUAGAGAAAGAACCAGUCAAGGCGACAGCUUCAUGCGAUCCUCUUCAAAUAACAGUCAGAGAUUCUCCCUGGAGGCCCAAGAUUACAGUCUCAGGUGAUCUGAAGGAGAAGGAGUCUGUCACUAUAACCUGCUCAGCUUUCACUCCCUGUCCACACUCCCCUCCUGAACUCACCUGGAAUCUCCAACAAGACUCUCACAACAAAAUAGAGGAAAACACAGAUGGAAGCUUUACAACUAAAAUCCAGCAGACCAUCACUCUGUCAGACACACAUGAUGGAAAGAAGAUCAACUGCUCUGCCAGAUAUCCUGUGAACCAAGGAGAAGAAACCAAGACAGCAGAGACAGAAGAGACUCUCAGUGUUUCAUAUGCUCCUAAAAGCACCACAACAGGCGGCUGGGUGAACCUGACCUGCUCCAGCAGAGCCAAACCUCCAGUCAGCAGCUUCACCUGGUUCAAGAAGAGCACAGAUGGACCUGUGAGAGUAUCUGAAGGACAGAUUUACAGCUUCAGUGUAACAAAUGGAGUUUAUUACUGUGUGGCCACUAAUGAUCUGGGUACUCAGACAUCAGCAGAGAUUCAUGUGAAUAUUGAAGGUGAACAGGCAGAAAUAUUAUUUGGUGUCCUCGCUAUACUGAAGACUGUGGGAAUCAUAAUGCUUGUGAGCACACUGGUCAUCUUUGAGUGCUGGUUCAGAUCAAAACGCUCCAACAAACCAGAGACAGAAAGCUGUCAGAUGAGCAGAGUUACAUCACAGCCCAACAACUAAAGUGUCUGCAAGUCCAGGAGGACAAACUGCCUCAAAAUAUCACUUCAUUCACUGUGAAGAACUGAAGGAUUAGUUAGUGAGAACUUAAAGUG